GAUAAGGCAUUGGAAAUUAAAAAUCUGGAUUAUCCUUGGGAUUCUACUAUUUAACGAUACGUUUAAAAAAUGGCACCUAGGCAAAAAGGGUGCAGUUGGUUAUUAAAGAAUCGAUAUAACAUGGGUGAUGAUCAAAUUGAAUCACUUACGACUCCGUAUAAAAAGUUGAAAAAAACGGUGACUGACGACGCCAAUAUUGAAGAGUGGCUUCGUACUUUUUUAGACGAUCUUGCUGUUAUAGAAGCUACAAAAAACAAAUCAAAAAAAUUUGCUAAUUCAUUACAUUCAGAGAAUCAAAGACAAGAUAUAUACGGACGUUUUCGAUCACCAAUGCCGAAUCAAUGGAACCCACCCAAGACAAAAUUUCCUGCUGCAUUACCGUAUUCUACAGAUUUUGAAUCUUCUGCCACUAUAAACGAUGAAAUAAUUCCACUGUUAAAUUUACUGAAGACAAAAUCUAAAAAGUGCCAAAAGCAUCGAUAUUCCUCAAAAAAUGUUUCAAAAAACAAAGUGUCAAAAAGUUAUACAAUCUUUCAGAAGAUCAAUCAAUUCAUCAGGGCUGGCAUCGAAGAAGGUAAGCGGCAAGCGAGGCGGUACGUUCGUAAGGCUCUGACCUUCGCCUUGCAUAUGGGUUAUCUUGAACCUGCAGACACCGAAGGCAAAUUACUACGUCUCUCGCGUACUCUCACCAACAGUGUGCAACGAAAGAAAGGUAAAAUACGAUUAACACGAAGAUUGACGAGGAAAGCUCCGCAAAAAAAGCAUAGAAGAAAAGCCAUAGUACAGGUUGCCACUAUUUCUGAUAGAAAAAAGAGAAAAAGUCGAUAGACAAUCGAUCGAAAGCUCCAGUAUGAAAAGACAAAGCUGCCAGAAGUUAGU